UCUCCCCCGCCUCGUCCUCGUUCCGCAUUGCACAGUCACAUGACCCAAGGAAGAGCAAUGGCCGCUGAGAUCAAGCCACUCCGGAGCUCAGGCCCGACCAAGACCGUGAGUACAGACAAACCGGUGCUCGUGUCCAAGAUCGAAGGCAGCGGCGACGACGUGAAUGCAGCCGUGUUAAUAGACUCGGGCACGGGCGUGAUCUCCGUGAGCGAUGACAAGUCAGUACGCAUCUGGCAGCGACGGGACUCUGGCCAGUAUUGGCCAAGUGUUUGCCACUUUUUGCCUUCGAUACCCAGUUGUUUCCACUACACGCCUGAUAACAGACGCAUGUUCAUUGGUCUCGACAAUGGUACAGUCACGGAAUUUGAGGUGGCCACAGACUACAACAGCAUCAGACACAAGCGUGAUUACCUAAGCCACCAGAAUCGAGUGACAGGCGUCAUCUUCUGCCCGUCUGCGGAAUGGGUACUCUCAGUGGCGCGAGACAAGUUCUUUGUGUAUCACUGCACAGAGAGUGGGCGUCGACUAGGAGGGCACCAGUCCUCUGGCUGGUGUACGGCCCUGCAGUACGACUACAAGAGUAAACACGUGUUUGUGGGUGAUUACAGCGGACAGAUUACAAUGCUCAAGUUGGAGGAGAGUGGGCCGCAAGUUAUUACUGUACUUAAGGGUCACAAUGGUUCCAUUAGAUCACUAGCCUGGGAUGUGGACAGACAGCUCCUGUUCUCAGGUUCCUAUGAUCAGUCAGUCAUUGUGUGGGACAUUGGAGGCGGAAAAGGAACGGCCUUCGAGCUGCAAGGACACACGAAUAAAGUAUCAUCGCUUGUCUAUGGCUCCGUAAGUCACCAGCUGAUCUCAGGUGGAGAAGAUGCUACUGUCGUAUUCUGGGAUAUGAAGGCUAACAGACAAGAGACUCCAGAGUGGAUAGAAGCUGAUUCUUGCCAGUACUGUGACCGUCCCUUCUUCUGGAAUAUCCGUGCCAUGAUGGACCAGAAACAAAUUGGACUGCGGCAACACCACUGCAGAAAAUGUGGUAAGGCUGUGUGCGACAGUUGCAGCAGCAAGCGUUCUACUAUCCCAGUCAUGGGAUUCGAGUUUGAUGUUCGAGUAUGUGAUAAUUGCCACUCCACCAUUUCUGAUCAGGAGCGGGCAUCACUUGCCAAGUUUCACGAGGUGAAGCACAACAUUGUCUGUAUGGACUUAGAUGAGGAAGCAGGUCUUCUCCUCACUGUUGGGCAAGAUCGAGUUAUGAAAAUGUGGGAUGUCUCAAGCUUGCUGAAUUGAUCUGAAGUGUACGCAUCGUAUGGAUUGGGGUUUAUUGUCCUGUGCUGAGGUCCGAGACCUGACAGCAUCUGAUCUUCGCAUUCCAUGACUACUUAUUGUGUGUAAUGAUGAUAUUGUAUGUGAUUGAAAAAAAGAACCAUGAGAGUCUCAAGUCACUAAAUUUGUGAAAGAGAUUGCUUUGGUGAUGAUGGCAAGUGUUGUGAGAACAGUUUGUUCCCCGAAAAUUGUGGGUAAAAGCAGAUUUAAAGCUCGAAAAAGUAUGAGGAAAAAAAUCAUUUGCUGUUCUACUUGCAGUUUUGAAGUAAUUUCAAUGGCGUGUUAUUUUUCUUUUGAGAACAAAUCUUCAUUUGGGCUUUGUGGGGGAUGCCAUGUGUCAUAAAGUGGUGCCUCACCAAUCAAUUUGAUUUAUCAGUCAUCUUUUGGUUCUGAGUUAUCCUGUGAGCAGUGGUAAAAAUGGGUUUCCUUAAUGGUGCAGUUAAGAUAUAUGAGGAAUUCUCUGUUUAUUUAGACUGGGAUUUGACUGCCAAUGAUCUUACCUUUUUCAGCUUUGUAUUCAGCAUAAUUGUGCCUUUAAUAGUUUUUUGGAUAGUGUAUUGGACUGGGGAGCUAGUCCAUUUGUCUUUUCCCCCGAGUUUCUCACUCAUUUUGGAUAUAAGUGAAGGCAUUGUUUAAAUGUGUGAACUCCAAUUUCACAAAUAUCUUUAACAUCAGUAUGAUGGACUAGGCAGUGGCUUUGCCAUUUUUAUUAGCCAUAAAGCUUAGAUUAUUAGCCUGCAUUCUCUGUUGAUAUUACAUACUAGAUAGAUAAAGCUUUUGGAGUCACAGCACUGCUAAAGCCCAUACUUUUUUUCAUUAAUUGUCAAAAAACUAGAUGUGGACCACAUUGUCCAUUUAUUGUGCACUCUUUCUUGAAUAUUGCCAGUUUUUUAACUAGCGAAGGGCCCCUUUAAGCGACUCGACAGUUGCUUUUAAUGUAAGGCUCAUAGGAAUUAGUUCAUUGAUUUCUUAGGCACCUUUGAUCAUGAUUUUCAAGUAUUGAAUCUUAUCUCUAUUAUAAUGAAUAAGAGUGAACCACAUUUGAUUACUUCGAUCUGAAAUGAUUGUCUUGAGCAUUUGACAGGUAAUUUAUUGUAACUUCCUCCUAGUAAAUGAAGUAAAUGAUAGAUUUUUCUUCACCAGACAAUAGUUAAAGCUGUUGGUAAGGUUUAGAUUGUAAUUUGUGAUAUUUGGUUUAAGUUAUUUGCCAGUAUUGUAACUGUAGUAUAGGGUAGCUGUUGUAUUCAGGACGACCUCAGUCUGUGGAAGUGAUUGGUCUCAGAAAUUACUUCAUUUAUAAGAGAGAAAGAAGAGGAAGAAUACAAAUAAUAACUGGGAUGAAGUAGUACAUUUUUCUCCAUGUUUACUCAUAAUUUUUUUUCCAGUUUCCUUGUUAUUUUACACGACUUUUAGUGACACACAAGACAAUAGCUUAACAUAGUGAAAUUACCAUCAGCUCGGUAGUGAGAAAAUAUAAAAAUAUAUAUGAAUUUUGUUAGAGUGAAAAUAAAAUGUGGUGCUGUGUUACAAGGCCUAGAUAUCUAGAAUAAGGGAGUAACACAUAAAUCAGAUUUUAUUAUUAUCAUCAUCAUUAUUGUUUCUUUAUUGAUUUGAAAGAGGGAGGUUUAGCAUAGAGAACAAUAGCUUGGAUGGGAAAGCAGAGAGAUAUAGAAUGAAUGCAUUACUUAUCUGUAUAUUUGUGGGUGAUUGAAUGUAGUAGUUUGUGUGUUCAGUUUUGUGCUUUAUAAAGUUGAUGGUUAUAUAUUUUUUGUUCCUUGGGUCAACCUUAAAUUAAUGUAAAUUUAGCAUGGUCACAGGGUCGCAUUUGAUGGAUGUUCCGUUUUCGAAGAGGGAUGCACGUCUUUGUGGCAGUGUUGAAUAUCUUUCAUUAAUUUUAUUGCAAUGUGGUGUUUGCUCAGCAGUGACUCGAAACGGGCUUGAAGUAGCCUCGCAUAUAGGUCACAUUUGUUGUUUUUUUCCACAGGAUGAUCUGCAUAUUACAAUAAUUUCCAUCAUAUGUUGGAUAAUUUUAUACUUUGUUGUUCUCUGUUAUGUGAUCUUUGUCAAGAUUCCAUUCUAUAUAUAUAUUUUUUGUUCUUUAGAAACCCAUUUCUGCGGAAUUAACCGUUUUAUAUGAAUUAAGGGGUUAUAUUUACUCUGUAUAUUUGUGAUAUGUUAUUUGAUUUUGCCUUUAUUUUGUGCUGUUAUAAUUAGAGUGACAAAGAUAUUUGAAGAUCUGGUAAAUAUAUGUUAAAGUGAGAUAUGAGUGUACAUAUGUAUGACCAAAUAUGUAUAAUUUUCUAUGAGUCAAAUAAAUGUUUAAGGAAUUGA